AUGGUUCGAUUCUAUGAUGUUACAAAUAAUGAUGAUGUAGUGAUUGAGGACUUCGACACAAUCAAUGAGAGCAAGUAUGAUUUGGGAGUGGAUGGAGCGUUCGGUCAUUAUUCGAUUUUGUUUAUUAUUCUCUACUUAUGUAGGGGAGAAAAAGAUGAUGAUGGCAAAGUGAUUGAUGAAUUUAUUACUGAAGAAAUAUUGAAGUAUGGAAAGGAAGUGAAUGGAGAAAGGUUCUCACCAAUUGCUAAAUUGGGAGAUAGAAUAGUCAACGGAAAACCAAUAGGAAAAGGAUUUAAAAUUCGUUAUGCUUAUGAUUACAAAACUGCAAUUGAGGAAUUGUCAAGUGGCAGAUAUCGAAUAACAUUUAUUACUUGUUCUCCUGGAGAUGGAAUCAUGGCAAAAGAGUGUGAUAAAGAUGUGGACCAAUAUGCGGAUGCUUUUGUGAGUUGUGUACAUGAAUUCAACAUGAGAGGAGGCGGUGUAUUCUGGUUCUUGGAGAACUAUCCAUUCACUUAUGAAGCUGAUCUGUACUUUAAGAAAUUCUAUGGAUUUGAAGCAGUGGGAGACAAAGACAAAAACAUCAAAGGAGGUAAAGUAAUGAAACGAGUGAACAGUGAAGCACCAAAAGCAGGUCAGUUCAUAACUAUAAAAAGAAAAGCAACAUAUUGUUUCAUUUCCACUUUCUUAGAUUUUGGAAUUGUGAGCAUUUUUGAAGGAAGAACGCUGUGUACGUUGAACGAAAAGAAACUAAUGCAUGAAGGAUUCCGUGUAUUUGCAAGAGAAAGUGAAGGAAAUGCUUCGAUUAUGGUGAAAGAAAAGAAGGAAGGAAGUGAUGAAGGCCGAAUGAUAAUAGAUACCGCUGCCUCCAAACUGUUUUUGGAGUUCACCGAAGAUGGGACAGCGCGAUGGAUCAGCAAUGCUGCGGUUUGGUUGUGUAAUACAGAGCAAUUUGAAGAAGAUCGAUUCUUGGAUCCUUUGUUGAAGUCGGGAAUUAAUAUGGACGGAAUAAGAUUACCUGGACUGAAGCCGAUGAAAAAACGAAAGAAUAGAAAGCUAACAGGUAUUUCCUAA